AUGUUUGGCUACGUCGGUGAUUCUGAAGCCAUCCAGGUUAAAGAGACGCUUGGCAAGCCGCUGCGCCGCAUUACGAUCUGCCGCUUUUGGGGGCUGAUGAUAGACAGAUUCAGCCAGAGACUCGGCAUCAGAAGAGUAGUAGCCGUCAUGAUCACAAGUAUCGCCUUCGGCCCCACCAUCAAAGUCACCGGAGCUGUUUAUGUCGUCGCAUACGACUUUAUUCUCAACGAAUUUUGA